UGUGCAAAACCGUAGUAAACUGAGAAGCGGCUCUGUGUUAAACCUGUUUGUUUUCUUGAAAUAAUGCAUGUUUUACGGAAAUAAAUGUUGGAAUAGUGCUAGUGGAGUUCAAAGUUUAAUAAAUUAUACGUGGUUGGUUAUUUUAUUGUGAAUAAACCAGACAAAAUGAGCUCGAAGGGCAAACGAUCUUCGAUACUCAAAAAACGUCCUUCAGUUGGUCCUGGUAGCUUGGAAGCUAGUCCAACUGAAACUACCACUGCACUGAAAACUGCGAAAAGGAUUGGAUUUAAACCCAAGAAAUCGGUCAAGGAAUUUAUCGCAUCUGAUGAUACGGCUACUAUUUGGUGCAAUUCGUAUGAGCUAUCGGCAGAUGGAACUCCAAUACAUAUGUCAAUUAAUGACACGAUAUCGAAAAAUAUUUCCCGGUCGGAUAUUUCUCAAUUUGGUCCAAACGAAUGUGAUUCGAAAAACAAAGAAAAUGUUGAAGAUCGUCGUAUCAGUCCAAAUAAUAGCAGCAUAUGGAACUUGUCAGUUUCAGCAUGCGAAGAGGAAAGACGACGAAUGCGCGGAGAGAUUUCAGUUAAUUCCAGUGUGCUCAAUGUCACGGAUCGGUUGUUUUUGGAACCAACGCUGCACUCACGACCCGUAUUGCGACAGAAACAAGCUGACCAGACACUAGCUGACUCGAUUGCAAUGGAUGUAAGUCCGGUCAAGUGUGAUGGGAAAAUGAAUUCGCCACGGAAAACUAUUUACUAUCAUCCGAAACAGAAUAUGUUCGUUUCGAUAGACGAUGUUCCGACUCAAAAUCAAAAUAGUUCUAAGGACAACCGUUCACCGAAUGACACCGAUUUGAACUUUUUCGGUCCUUCUGCGGCAGGUUUAAGUAGUACUAGUAAUGUCGAGCCGAGUAAGAUUCUUUUUCAAACGUCAAACGUUUCGAAUCCGUGGCGGAAUAAAUCCAAUCAAACUGGAUCACGCUCAGCUUUAGUGAACCAACAAACGGCGGAUCUUUCGCAACGGUUAACGUUUGGUAAUAGCAAUCCUGAUAUUUCGGAAGCAUGGAAUUCUCAUCCGGCUGCUGCCCUAAAGUUGCGUUUGAUGCAACAAGGACUCACAUCGAUGAAAUAUGAUUCACGUUUUUCGGAUGAAGGAGGAGGAGGAGGAGUAGGGGUAGGCGAGGAGGAAGAUAUCGAUUCCACUAUUGCAAUAACGCAAACUGUAGCUAAAAUAUUAGGUCCGGGAUCGAGACCGGUAUCACUUGAAAGUUCCCGAGUAUCGGAGGUAAACAAUCCGGAACCAAUGGAAACCUCUUUGAUUAUCAGCGAUGAUCAACAGCCACGAUCUGAAGGCACGGUUGUUGGUGAAGUUCCGUUGUCGGAGGAAUCAUUGUGUGACGUACUGGUUCCGUUGAAUGGACUCAGUAGAGCAAGGCCGUCAUUUGUUCCAUCCUCGAGGCAGAUGGAUGAUAGUAAGUACUUGUCGCCGGGAAAAAAUCAGCGAAUAGCAGAAACAUCCAAGCUUAAUGUCAGUGAUAUGCAGUUAGAUUUACCAUCGCCAACAAGAAACUCUCCGAACUUGAACAGACGGACAAUUAUGUACGAAAAAGAAAUACCAACUGAAGACCAAGAACACUUGACGAUUCCAAAGGCAGUAACACAAACACCUCCGAGGCCUCCAGUGAGGCAAACUGUGUACGAAGCUAAAAUGGAUGAGUCUCCUAAGAAAAUAGAAAAACAUCCCCCGCUUGUUCCGAUAGAAAAAAUUAAUAUGGAUGUUUCUGAACUAGUGUUCGGUAGAAACAGUAUUGGUUUGGAACUGGUGACCGGUCUAGAGACGAAGCAGGAAGCAAAUCGUCCCAAGAUUCAUCGGAUGUCACUCAGGACUUUGAAUCAUGAUUUUGGUUUCGCUAAGCCACAGAACGAUAAGAACUCUUCGAAUAGAGGAGACACUAUAUGUUUAGAUAGUCCGGAAAAACAAGCACCUUUGAAAAGUGAUUUAAGGAAGACCACAAUCCAUCCAUUAGAUGUAUCGCUGGAUGUGGAGGCAAAAUCGGACGACGGAAAAUCUCAGAAGCAGCAACGGCAAACUAUUUAUCCUCAAGAAGUUAUUGAUCUGACUCGUGUAGAACUGGAACAAUCACAACGAUCGGAACGUCGAACGGAUCAUCGUGCACUGGAUGUCUCUACGCAAAGUCCUGCAGGUGGACAGAUGCAAAAUGUUGCAAUGAAAAGAACGACUAUUUUAACAAGUGAAGCAAUGAAUCAUACUACUUCAAUACAACUGAACGAAAAACCGGGUCGAUCUGCAGUGCUUUUAGAUGAAAAUUUAGAUAUAAGCAAGCCUGAGUCGCGAUCGUGUUUGAAUGACAAUGUAAAAAAUAUCGUUAAAUCACAAGACAAGCAACGUCAAACGAUUUACCCACAAGAAGCGAUUGAAGUUAUGAGCGAAGGAACAGAUUUCCAACAACCGCCAACGCGUCGAACAGAUUACCAUUCAUUGGACGUCUGCAUGCAAAGUCCUGCAGAAGAACCUGAGCAUGCUGCUGCGAGAAGAACAACAAUUUUAACCAGAGAAGAUAUUAAUCAAAUCGGUUCGGAACCAAUAUUAAGAAAAGCUCUUAGGCCAACCAUGCUUUUCAAUGAAAAUCUGGAAUGUACCAAGUUGGAACCUCGGUCUGGCACGCUGGAUUAUGCAAUGGAAACUGAGACCCGCCAGGGGAAUCAAGAGAAGCACCGUCAAACAAUCUAUCCUCGAGAAGUGAUUGAUCUGACCGGGACAGAAACAGAACCAUUGCCGAAGCCGGUACGUCUGACUGAUUGUCAAUUGAUGGAUGUCUCCACCCAAGGUCCUACCGGUGGCCCAGUACAUACUGUGGCGAAAACAAGAUCAACUAUUUUAACUAACGAAGAUAUUAAUCAGUCUGCUUUGGAGCCAAUGGCUCAACAACCUGUUCGACCAACAAUACUUUUUAACGAAAAAUUAGUUCAUAGCAAGCUCGAGCCCCGAUCAGGAUCGUUGGAAGACCUACGAAAUUAUGGCAAUGCACGAAGAACAAUUGUGGACGUGGAUAUGGACUGUACCGUAAACGACAGUUAUGGUGAAAAACAAUCGAAAGAAGAUUUUAAGAAAUCAAUUGCGCUGAUGGAAGAAACCAAACGAUCGUCACUAGACGGAAAAGAAUGCGAUAAAAAUUUGCGAUCCAGAUUGACAACUGCUGCUCCACAGAGCAUGGAUGAAACCACUGAUUUAGGAGAAAACAUUUCUACGGACCGUAGACAGCGGAAGAUUACAAUUUUCGGUAGUGAAAUAGAUGAAAGCAGAAAAGAACCAUCUCCCGCAGCGAAAGUUGUCGCAAAGCAAACGCUGCGUCAAACGAUCAAUUCUCGUGAAAGUAUGGAUCAAACCGUCGUAGGGAAACUGAACGAUGAAGUGAUGAAGCAAUCGCCACGCCCAGAAAAAUCAUCUUCUCGUAAUACAAUCAUUAAUUGUGAACAAAUGGACGAAACAAGGUGUCAAUCACCGAAAGCUACUUCAGUAAUUGUGUCAAGAAUGAAAAAUUGCAAUGAAACGGUUCCCAAUGUUCGACACAUCGAAAACGCAGGUGUGGAGCGCAAAAUCACGGCUAAUCAACCAAGACAAUCAUGCUUCCAAGUAGAGGACAUGAAUCGGUCAACUACCCCCACAAACUGUCGAAGGCUAGAACAGGACAACAAACAACCCCGUCUAACUGUUUUCAACCCUGUGGACAUGGAUGAAACAUUCACUUCGGGCUAUGGCCUUAGUAAACCGAUGCAAAUGGAAAACAUGAAAGAACGUAGUACCGACAAACCCCGUCAGACCAGCUUCGCAGUGGAGAACAUGGAUGCAACGAUUGGCAUUGGUGACUGCCAGCAGUUUGACCGACCUCAUCAGCCCACAAUACACGAAGAGCCGUUGCAAAAUUGUCGGCAAACCAUUUUCCAACAUGCUGAUAUGGAUCAGACACUUGCUUCGGAUUUUCAACCAUUGUCUUUAAUUACCGAACCGAUUCUAUCGAAACACGGCACUUUGUCUCCGUCAAAAUCCUUCAAAUCUAGCACCCGAUCAACCGUGUUUCAACCGGCUGACAUGGAGCAAACGACCAGUGAAAAUGCAGUACAAAAACGAUGCGUUUCUCCACGGCAAAGUCAUAAUAAAUCAUGCCAAACCAGUUAUAUCGAUGGACCUACCGAUAAAUCGUUUGCUUACCGGUCGGCUGUUGGUCAAUCAAUGAAGUCAAAGUCUCGCCAAACGGUUUACGAACCACAGGAACUAGACGAAACACUUCUGUUGCGAAAAAGUGUGCUGAACUCGAAAGAAUUACUACCGAGAUCUGAUCAGCAUCCUAUUUUCCAAAUGCGUGGCACAAUCCUACCCGGUGACGCCAUCGAUGAAUCUUGUUCACCAUCGCUGAAGCCCAAACAAAACACACCAGUUACCAACCCAGUCAACGUUGUACCGAGUUCAAAAAAUCGUCAUACGAUUUUAGCCACGGAUGCGAUGGAAGAAACUACGGUGGACGUGCAGAAAUAUUGUAUGGAUUCCAAUAAAGCGUUUGUUCUGACUACCAAUGAAAAAAUGAGAAAAAGUUCAAUGGAAGAUACUAAGCAUACCGUCGGUCAAUCGGAGCUACAGCUUUCAACGAGGACAAAGUCUCGCCAAACAGUCUACUGUGAAGAUGACAUGGACCAAACCACUACCGGACAUGGAUUCCGUUCGGCUUUGACGGAAGUCAAACCGACUGGUUUGAUAAUCGAUGAGAAGGCAUGUGAAAAUAAAAAGAUGUCAUCUCUUCAUGCUAGAGGCUCGUUGCAGCUAAUGGAGAAUGACGUUCAGUUAGAGUUCGCUUCAUCAACACAAAAACAACCGGAAAAAGCGUUGUUCAAGAAAAACCGACAGACGAUUCUCGGCCCGCAGAGCAUGGAGAGUUCCUUAGUGAAUUCUAUGGAAGUAUCCGUUAUUCAAUCGCCAAUGAAGUCCACCCAGCUCCCUCGUAGAACGAUCGUGCAGGUGGACGACAUCAUGGAAGAAUCUUUCAAUCGUGAUUUCCAGUCGGAACAGGCGGACUCGGCCGUUGAUGUAGAAACCCCGUCGGAUGUCAACCACGAUGAUGAUGAUAAGUCGGAGUUCUCCUUUUGUAUUCCCCAGCUACCGGAUGACUGUGUGCUACGAAGCGCUGCCGUGAUGCCAUCGUACAGGAUGUCGAACUUUGCUAAUCAAACUUUCAAAUCUGCAACACAUUCGGUGAAGCCAGAUAACAACAGUCCUGCGUUUACUAACAUACCAGGGACAGCUAGACGAACAGUUGGUGAUCCGGUUACAGUGCACGAAUUGAGUGAAAUAUCCGGAUUGGGUGACAUAACAAGACUGACACGACCGACGAGUUUUGCUGUUACGGAAGAUGUUUGCAGUUUUGUACUAAAAGAGUUGACUGAACCAUCAUUCAUUCAACCUCCAACGGCAGCGGCUGUAUCUGUUAUUCAGGAGACUCCCAAAAAGGCUGGUACGGUACCGGUCCGACGAAGUCGGGGAACAAUUUUCGAUCGACAGUCGAUGGAUCUGGACGAGUCUGGUAUAUUACCGAUAGCAGUGGAUGAUCGAGGUGAUGGAGAAUCUUCUGAGAAUAAACAAAUCUCAAAAGCGACAAGUCCAUCUUGCAUUGAAAUUGAGCCACCCAUCGUGCGGUUGGUAGACCCAGACUACGAAUCCAGCGACGAUGAGGAAUUCUACGAUGCCGAAGCGAACCAGGAGGAUUUAAAUGACAAUGAUGGCGAAAAAACUAUUUCUCAUUCGGUUCAUGAAUCGAAUGUUCAAAAUUCAAACGGCACGGCCCGUGAGACUUUAAAUUUGGUUGAGGUUGAAAAUGAUGAACCGUCAAUAGUAACUGCUCCAAACCGAACUGUCGGUGGUUGUAAAACAAUUAAUUUUAUUGACAUUAACGAACUCGAUCUAACCGCACAAAAGCGACAUCUAUCUCGCAUUUCUAAAUCCGUACUAAUAGACCAGAAAAAUGAUCCACUGAAUUUUUCUCUCACUGAUGAUUAUCCAAUGAAGAAACGAAAAACGAGCGAGCCGGUUUCAGCCGACGAAAACGGUGUCAGACGAUCAGACGAACCCAGAGGAGAAUCUCGCAAAUCUACUCGUCGAGUAACAUUCCUACAAGACGUGACGCAAUCGAUUAAAAAUGAAGAUGAUACACGGUUAUCGACCGAAUACGAUCCGAUAUCAGCUGAGGUGGAAUCUGUUACUAUCAAAAACGAGCGAAUGACGAUGGUAGAAAAAGUGUGCAACGCGGAACAAAGUUAUUUUGGACACACGUUGCUCACCGAUCCAUCUGUAUUCAUUGUAGAAGAUAAUGACAUGCUGGCGAACGAAUCCAACCUAUCGCUGGUGACAUCACUCAACGCCCAGAAUAGCAACGGAAGCAAUUCAUUGAAAUUAAGCAACAGCUAUUACAAUGAGUUUGCUCAUUUAACCCUGAAUGGGGAUCAAGAAGGAAGUUCUUGUAUUAUCAUUAGUGAUGAUUCUCUUACAGUUCCUACAACGGUAAAGUCAUCUCCGGUCGAAGCAAAACUUACCUUGGUUGAUCUCCCGAAGCGAAUAAAGAAAACACGUGCCUCUAUGGAAUUCAACUCAACCGUGGCGAGCGAAGUGAUGUAUGAACUUCGUCGGCAGGUUUCCGGAGCCCAACAAUCCUGCUGCAGUUUCGAGGGUAAUUGUGACUGUGGAAAUAGACGAACAAUGUUCGAAGUGAGGAAGGACAACGUAAUCCGACUGAGGGAAUGUUGGAAACGUAAUUUUGAGCAUUUGUUAGAAUCAAGUGUUAGCCAACCCGUUCACGAUAUGCCGCUGAACGAACGGCUUCAUGAAAUUCUUAACAGACCCGUAAAUACACUGCCAUUGGUUUGCUUAGAACAACAAGGUGCCCAUCUACCGGAAACUCCUUCGAUUUGGUUUCUGUUGGAAAACUAUAAAAAAUCCGUGACGUUUCCCGUUGUCCCUGUCAAGGUAUUCAACCCAAGUGACCUGCCGAGAACGCCUAAUGUGACAUCGUUAAUAAGCAAUAAACUGGAAACGGAGCGUUAUCGUUGGUUCCUGGAUUCAACCAGUGAAAAUCGAACGUGUCUGAAACUACGGCAUUGCGUACUAAGAAGCAUAUGCUUCAAAAUCUUACUUCAAAAAUCUUUACCAUGGUACAGUGAGGGAGACGAUGUCCGGAUAGAGAGCAUCGAAUACAUUCACUGUUCUGAAAAGUUGGUUCAUUCGUCUCGGUUGUUGUUAGCACAUAUUGAAUUCAAGAUAAUAGUCGAUUCCAUCAAUUUAAUACACUUAAGUUCACACUGUUCUUCAGUAGCGCAUUUAAUGAGUUUAGUGACUGAGUUGGACGUCCUCGUUGAGCAGGCCUUUGGUAAGGUUGACCAACUCUAUCGCAUUGUGCGGAAUAAUGGAGCGAUAAUCGAACAAAUGAGAAACACGGCACGAUUGCGAAUAUUCAAAGUGUUUGAGUAUGAACGAAACGGAGUAAUUUUUUGGAACCGAGUAUCGGUACAAUUUGACUCUGUGGAUCGCAUCGAUCGCAGCUCUGUAUCGUUUCACAAAAAUACAGACAGCGAAGAAAAGCUGUUUCCUACCGAACAUCAGUGUGGCCGUGCAGGAGUUCGAGGGUUAGUAUUCCUGGAGUGUUUGCUGUGGAAUAUUGAGAAGCUGUCCAUCGAGUAGUGAAAGUUCUUAUAUUUUCAAUUGUAAUAUAUUAGUAUACUGUUGUAUAGUAUCAGCUAUCCUAAGUCAGACGUAUUUAGCCUUCAGCAUAAUGUUUGGAUUCUGUUUUGAAUAGAUAUUCUGGUUUAUAGAUCAUGCUAUUUUCUUUCACAGAGAUGACAAUCUGGAACCUUAGGUAUUAUAUUUUAUAAAUUC